AUGUUUUCGCACAGAUUAAGACGAAAGCUUUUGGAAAAAGACGAUCCAAUUCUUGAUCAGUGUAAACAGAUUGCUCUUGCGAUGGAAGCAUCGGAAUCACAGGCUAGUGCUUUGGGACAUCCUACAGUAAACGACAAUGAACAAGUUAACAAUGUGUCUGCAAGUGUGAAAUUCAAGAAACGACCUACACAACAGAAAUAUGAGAAAAAACGUUGUUUUGCUUGUGGAUAUGAUGGACAUAUUAGAACUGAUCCAAAAUGUCCGGCUCGAGGGAAGAAGUGUAGGAAAUGUAAACACGAGGGCCAUUUUGAAAAGUGUUGUAAGACGCCAUCUGCGAAACAGAAGUUGGCGAAACGAAGAGAUAUCAGAACGGUGAACUUAAACGCUGAUUCAGCUGAUUCAGAUUCUGACUAUUUGUUUGUUGUUAGUGAAGAUGCGAGUACAACAUCCAAUAAUGAAGAUAUUUUAGUAAAUAUUGGAAGAGUUACGGUACCUGUUAUUAUAGAUUCUGGAGCAUCUGUAAACGUAGUAGACCGUGAAGUAUGGGGAAAGUUGAAAGCCAACAAAGUGAAAUGUAAAUCCAAAUUGACAAACAAGAAAGUGUUUGCAUAUGGACAUACGAAACCAUUAACUGUAGCAGUUUGUUUUACCGCGAAUGUAUCCGUGAAUCAUAGAAACACUGAAACUGAAUUUUUCGUCAUUGAAGAAAAAGGCAAAGCCUUGUUGAGCAAAACACUUCAGUUGAAUUGGGGAUUUCUGUUACGUCGCGUUCCGUAUGGUCUUAGGGAGAAAUUAGGAAAAGAGUUCCAUGUUCACCGCCAUAAUCUGGAAAAAUUGGACAUAAUUGAAAAAGUUGAUUCUCCAAGUAAAUGGGUCAGUCCAGUCGUUGUAGUUCCAAAGAAGGAAGGUGUUAGACUGUGUGUUGAUAUGAGACGUGCAAAUGAAGCAGUAAUUCGUGAAAGAUAUCCGAUACCGACAACAGAGGAGGUUUUACAGGAUUUGAACAAUUCAGCCGUAUUCUCCAAGCUUGACAUCAAAAUGGCGUACCAUCAAAUAGAACUGGAUGAGGAAUCAAGGGAGAUUACCAGAUUUAUGACUCACAAAGGCAUGUAUCGUUACAAACGACGUAUGUUUGGAAUCAGCUGCGCACCAGAGAUUUACAAUAAGGUUAGGUCGCAGGUGUUAAGUGGUCUUCAAGGUGUGAACAGUAUCUUUGAUGAUAUCAUGGUCCAUGGGAAAGAUACAGCUGAACACAACGUCCGGUUAAAACUUUUAUUGACAAGACUACAGGAAAAGGGUUUGACCUUGAAUUUACAAAAGUGUCAGUUCAAUAUGUCACACAUUGACUUCAUGGGUGUAGUUUUGUCGCAACAUGGUGUAGGACUAGCAGACGACAAAGUAGAAGCAGUUUUGGAAGCCAGGGAGCCGCGGAAUGUAUCAGAAGUGAAAAGUUUUCUGACACUUGUUAAUUUCAGUUCCGCUUUGUACCAAAUUUGGCUAUGGUUGCAGAACCUUUGA